AGAUUUUAAGUAAUAUAGGUUGCAUAUGUGAGUUCCAUGGAGAACAAAAGUCAACAGACAUUUGCCAAUGACAUUUUAGAUGGUGAGCAGUCAAAAAGAGGUUCGUGUUCUGAGGACCCAUCUCCAACAGAUCCUGAAGUGUCAUCAUCUCCUUCACCUGCAAAUAAUUCUAUUCUCUCUAUACCUACUUCUCAAAGAGAUUGCUUGCCUAUUCCUUCUAGUACACCCUCAGGUUACUCAAAUAUGUUCAGUGAGAAAACAAUUUUUGAUGCCAAGGAUGACACAUUUUCUGUUAAGAAUAACUAUACCAUGCAGGGAACAAGUGGCACUAAUGAUAUGUUUGACAGGUUGAGGUCCAAGUCAGGAAUUGAAGCUUUCUACCAAGCUUUACUGGAUAAAGAUACAGGAAGGAUACUAGAAUGUGUAAAACAAGGUGUUAGUGUCAAUGUCAUUUUUGAUGAUGAAUUAUCAAACCUUCAGCCUGGACAUAAAGGACUAAGAGCACUUCAUAUUGCCGCCCAGCGAGCUAAAGACAGUCUGCCAGUCAUGCAGUAUCUUGUGGAUCUUGGCGCAGAUGUCCGUUUACGAAGCAGGAGUGGCGAUACACCUUUGCAUACAGCCGCCAAACAUGCAAGCAUUUCAGUCAUCAAGUUUUUAUUGCAUUUCUGCCCAGAUUUGAAAGACUGCACUAACAACCAACAGCUUACUGCUUUGAUGAAAGCCAUCUUCAAAUACGAGUUUGCAUGGCGAGGCCGCUAUCAAGAGAGUGUAAAACUGCUUCUGGAGGCUGGAUGCAACCCGAACAUCAACCCAGUCUCCGGAAUUAGUCCACUGCAUCUUGCUGUUCAGAAGCAUGAUAAAAUUCUAGUGCAGAUGCUUGUAGAUCAUGGGGCUGACGUCAAUGCAAUGUGCAAACAGGGCACCUCUCCUCUUCUGCAAGGUCUCCUGUGUAAGCAAGUACAUGAAGAAAGCCUGCGCAUCCUUGUGGCUGCCAAAGCAGAUGUGAACAUCCACACUGUAACAGGCCUUUCUGCCCUGCAUCUGGCGGUUACUCGAUGUGAUAAAGAGUGUGUGGAGGAUUUUCUGCGUGCAGGUGCAGAUCCGAACAUGCCUGACACAAAGUUGGUGACCCCACUGUGGAGAGCGGUUGAGGAGAAUAAUGCACGUCUUGUUCCAUUACUUGUUCAAUAUGGAGGAAACAUCAACUAUGUUUUGCCCUCUCAGCAGCUGUCGCUGUUGUCACGUGCAGUACAAGAACAGUCAGUAAACAUGACAGGUCUUUUGCUUCAGCUUGGUGCUUCAGUUCGAAUGGCUACGGUUAGAGGAGAAACUCCACUCACCAUUGCUGUGGACAGGCCAGGUGAUGCAUGUAUACCUAUUGUCAAACUUUUGUUAGGUGCCAACAGUGACUUAGAUUCCUUGAGUUAUGCCAGAAAUCCGCUUGAGCCUCUCACUCCUGUGCAGGUGGCAUUUGAGCAUGGAAAUGCAGAGGUUGUCAGGUUGUUGAUAAGAGCUGGUUGUAGAGUGCCUAUGUCAUGGAUGUAUCAGCACAGCACGCUUCCUGUAAUAAAAAGUAAGCCAGAGCUACUGGCUUGGAUCGUGAAAUAUGUGUCAGAAGUGCCUCCCCUUACCCAUCUGACCAGGUUAAUGCUUCGCAGGUAUCUGGGUUCUGACCUGUUAGAGGCUGUGCAAGAGCUAAAAAGAAAUGAAAUUCCUGAAAAAAUUGCUGAUUUUUUGUUGCUGAAAGAUCUUACUGGGCCAACUAGCAGUUCCUAGUACUGAUAUAUUGGCAAAAUAGUUCAUUAGUACACGUUUUUAUUGCAAUAAAGAAAGAAAAUGAUAAGAGCAGGCCAUGAGUUGGGCAAGUACUUUUGCAAAGCAAUUGGUUUUUAUGAUUUAGUGUAGAGAAAUACAUGAUGAAUGUAACUCUUUUGGCAGACCACAAAAAAGGGAGGUUUCACAUAAAUUCUUUUUUACAAAUUCAUGAUUGAAUAAAAUAUAAGCAGAAUUUUACAUGCUUAUUGAGCAGAAGUGUUAAUUCAUUAAUCUGCUUAUGUGAUAAAAUGAAGGGAAAAUUUUCAACCAGCAGAAGUGAGUGCUCAUGUGAACCUAUUCCGAGUCUUGCAUCUGAUGAGACAAAUUUAGGCACAGCUCUUUGUCCUUCUGACCUGUAUUUGGAAUGCCUUAUCCCUAGCACCUCACAGUGACCAUUUUCAGUUUUCAAGCCUGGCCUCUUUCUUUUGUGAAUACUUCAUGCAGCUAGGGAUCUCUGCCUUAAUCACUCUGUCCCUCCCACCAUUCCCCUUGUUUUUGUAGUUUGAAAACUGUGAUGCUGUGUUUGUUUUUUGUGAUACUCUUUCAUUCAAAUGCACUAAGCUCACUAUCUAGCAGAAAAAUGUUCCGUAUAAAUUAUGAAAAAGGAAAUUUAUAUGUAUAUAGGUUUUCAAAUGACAAAGGUUAAUGUGUACAGUACUAGAAUUUUAAAGCUAUAUAGUGACUGGUAAAGGUGCAGAAAUUUGCUUUUUAAGUGGAUGAAUGCCAGGAAUUGGGCCAGUUACCAGAUCGUCAAAAUUAAGCUGCUGGAAGAAAAGUGUAAACUUUGAUAUUGAUUACUUAAUACAUUAUCUAAGGAAUAUACACUAGGAAAUCUAAUGAAAUCCUUCAGACUGAGAAAUAUUCACUUAAUAAUUCAUUUACUACAUAUUCUGGUAAAGAAAAUAAAAGUGAAUGGAAAGAUGAUGAUAAUGACUGAAACUGAAAAUUCAAUCAGUUGAAAAUGUUUCAUGAUCUUCUAAAACAAAAAGUUUUUAAUGUGGUUGUCUACAAUUUAUUUAUGUAUAGACACACAGCCAGAACAGUUGCAUAAAAUAGCUGUGAUCAUGGUUUUUCUCAUCAGCAGCCAUUAUGGUUAUGCGUGAUAUUUUUAAAUGCUCUCUGUACCACUACGAAUUAACUGUCAAAAUAUUGCUUUUGAUGCAGAAUGUAAUCUACAACCAGUCUUUAAGUGUAUUUAUGAUGUGUUUCUUGUUGCUGUUUGCAUGAUUAUUUAAUAAACACAACAAGGAAGAACAAGGAUUCAAGACAUUUAAUAGCUGAAGGAUGGAUAUAAUUGUGGUGGAGACAUUUGUCAAGGUGUUAUUAAUUGAAUCUAAAAUUGUUUUAACAAUCUUAUUUAGGGGACCGUUUGUGGAAGUGCUAGUUGAUGUCACGGCUAAAAAAAUUGUGAAGAACUCAUGGUCAAAUAAAAUGAUAAUUAAACCUGUUCAAAUCUGUUCCACAGAUUUGUUUUUUGCACAAAAAUGAAAGGUGCAGUUAUUGACUAGAGCAGUGAUGCCCAACCUUUUUCGGCCUGCGGGCCAUAUCCAUUUCGGACAGCCGUGUCGCGGGCCAUAUCCAUUUCGGACAGCCGUGUCACGGGCCACUUCACCGCAAAAAUACAAAAAAG